ACGACUGGUCACACUGCUCUGGUCGCGUCAAAAAAAGUCGGUGUACAAUUUUUCACCACUACGGUUUGUUUUUUUCUGGCCGAGCACAGCACCUCCGAUUUGCGAUCCGUUUUCGGAUGAUAGCUCUGAGUGCGCUGCUAACCAAAUACACGAUCGGUAUUAUGAGCAACCUAAGCAAUGGCAACAACAACCAGCAGCAGCAGCAACAACAACAGGGACAGAACGCACAACAACAACAGGCCCAAAAUGAAGGGGGAGCGGGGCCGGAGUUUGUGGCGCCACCGCCCGGAUUAGGAGCCGCUGUGGGCGUGGCAGCCAUGCAACAGCGACAGCGCCUGCUGCAGCAGCAACAGCAGCAGCAGCAGCACCAGAAUCCCGCCGCCGAGGGAAGCGGUCUGGAGCGGGGCAGCUGCCUCCUGCGAUACGCCAGCCAGAACUCCCUGGACGAGAGCUCCCAGAAGCACGUCCAGCGGCCGAAUGGCAAGGAGCGCGGCACAGUGGGCCAGUACAGCAACGAUCAGCACACUGCGCGGUCCUUCGACGCCAUGAACGAGAUGAGAAAACAAAAACAGCUCUGUGAUGUGAUAUUAGUGGCUGACGAUGUGGAGAUCCACGCACAUCGCAUGGUCCUUGCCUCCUGCAGUCCGUACUUUUAUGCGAUGUUCACCAGCUUCGAGGAGUCGCGCCAGGCCAGGAUCACCCUCCAGAGCGUCGAUGCCAGGGCCUUGGAGUUGCUCAUCGAUUACGUUUACACUGCCACCGUGGAGGUGAACGAGGAUAACGUACAGGUCCUCUUAACAGCCGCCAAUCUUCUCCAGCUUACGGAUGUGCGAGAUGCCUGCUGCGACUUCCUGCAAACACAGUUGGAUGCUAGUAACUGCUUGGGCAUCCGGGAAUUCGCCGAUCUUCAUGCCUGCGUGGAGCUUCUCAAUUACGCAGAGACCUACAUCGAGCAGCAUUUUAACGAGGUGAUCCAGUUCGAUGAGUUUCUGAACCUCUCACACGAGCAGGUCAUCAGCCUGAUAGGCAACGACCGGAUUUCGGUUCCAAAUGAGGAGCGCGUCUACGAGUGCGUCAUCGCCUGGCUGCGCUACGAUGUCCCGAUGAGGGAGCAGUUCACCUCGGUGCUGAUGGAGCACGUGCGCCUGCCGUUCCUGUCCAAGGAGUACAUCACACAGCGUGUGGACAAGGAACUCCUGCUCGAGGGCAAUAUCGUAUGUAAGAAUCUUAUUAUUGAGGCGUUGACCUAUCACCUACUGCCCACGGAGACGAAGUCCGCAAGGACAGUGCCCAGGAAGCCGGUGGGAAUGCCCAAAAUUCUACUCGUUAUUGGCGGUCAAGCACCCAAGGCUAUACGCUCCGUGGAGUGGUAUGAUCUGCGAGAGGAGAAGUGGUACCAGGCUGCCGAAAUGCCCAACCGAAGAUGUCGCUCUGGCUUAAGCGUCCUGGGCGAUAAGGUCUAUGCCGUCGGAGGCUUCAAUGGUUCCCUGCGCGUGCGUACUGUGGAUGUCUAUGAUCCCGCCACGGACCAGUGGGCCAACUGUAGCAAUAUGGAGGCCAGGCGAUCUACCCUAGGAGUAGCCGUCUUAAAUGGAUGCAUUUUUGCAGUGGGUGGCUUUGAUGGCACAACAGGUCUUUCGAGUGCCGAGAUGUAUGAUCCCAAGACUGACAUUUGGCGCUUUAUCGCCUCCAUGUCGACGCGUCGCAGUUCUGUGGGCGUAGGCGUGGUUCAUGGACUUCUUUAUGCCGUAGGCGGCUAUGAUGGCUUCACCCGUCAGUGCUUAUCAUCCGUGGAGCGCUAUAAUCCGGAUACGGACACCUGGGUAGCUGUGUCAGAGAUGAAUUCGCGGAGGAGUGGCGCCGGAGUGGGAGUGCUGAACAACAUCUUGUAUGCUGUGGGUGGACACGACGGUCCUCUGGUCAGAAGAUCCGUGGAAGCCUAUGAUUGUGAAACGAACUCGUGGCGUUCGGUGGCUGAUAUGUCCUACUGUCGCCGAAAUGCUGGUGUGGUGGCUCACGACGGCCUGCUGUAUGUGGUCGGUGGCGAUGAUGGCACCUCGAACCUCGCUUCCGUGGAGGUCUACUGUCCAGACUCGGACAGCUGGAGGAUAUUGCCUGCAUUGAUGACCAUUGGACGCAGCUAUGCAGGCGUGUGUAUGAUCGAUAAGCCCAUGUGAAUGGAAGAGCAGGGUGCAUUGGCCCGCCAAGCUGCUUCGCUGGCCAUCGCACUGCUGGAUGAUGAGAAUAGCCAGGCGGAGGGCACGAUGGAGGGCGCCAUUGGUGGUGCCAUCUACGGCAAUCUGGCUCCAGCUGGAGGGGCAGCAGCGGUUGCUGCUCCAGCUGCGCCGGCUCUAGCACCUCAGCCAAAUCAUCCGCACUACGAGAACAUUUAUGCGCCCAUUGGUCAGCCCAGCAACAACAAUAACAACAGUGGCAACAACAGCAAUCAAGUUGCAGCUGUCGCCAAUGCUAAUGCCAAUGUCAAUGCCAAUGCCCCUGCAAAUGCCGAGGAAAUUCAACAGCAACAACCACCAGCGCCAACUGAAGCCAAUGCCAACAACAAUCCGCAACCGCCAACAGUACCAGCUCCAGCACCACCACAGCCACAACAGCAAUCACAGCCACAACAACAACAACAACCUCAACGCAUACUGCCCAUGAAUAACUAUAGAAAUGAUUUAUAUGAUCGAUCUGCCUCGGGAGGAAUCCUUGGAUCCAGUAGCUCUGCCGCUUAUGAUGUUCCGAGAGCCGUGAGAUCUGGCCUCGGAUACAGACGUAACUUUCGGAUAGACAUGCAGAACGGAAAUCGUUGUGGAACCGGACUUCGCUGCAGUCCUCUAUAUUCGAACAGUCGUUCCAACUGUCAACGUCAGCGAAGCUUUGAUGAUACGGAGUCCACAGAUGGCUACAAUCUGCCUUAUGCCGGAGCGGGAACUAUGCGUUACGAGAAUAUCUAUGAGCAGAUACGGGAUGAGCCUCUUUACCGGACAACCGCUGCCAAUCGAGUGCCGCUCUAUACACGUCUCGAUGUUUUGGGUCAUGGAAUCGGACGAAUUGAACGACACCUAAGCUCUUCCUGCGGCAACAUCGAUCACUACAAUCUGGGAGGACAUUAUGCCGUAUUGGGGCACUCGCACUUCGGGACAGUGGGACACAUUCGAUUGAAUGCCAAUGGAACGGGAGGGGCAGCAGCUGCCGGAGCAGGAAGUGGCACCUGCAAUGUUCCAAACUGUCAGGGUUAUAUGACAGCUGCUGGUUCCAGUGUUCCCGUAGAGUAUGCCAAUGUUAAGGUUCCUGUGAAAAACAGUGCCUCCAGUUUCUUCAGCUGCUUGCAUGGCGAAAAUUCGCAGAGUAUGACUAAUAUUUACAAAACGUCUGGAGCAGCAGCAGCUGCUAUGGCAGCUCAUAAUUCCCCGUUAACGCCAAAUGUGUCUAUGGAGCGAGCCGCGCGAUCCGCUUCCGCCGGAGCUGCAACAGCGGUUGAAGAGCAUUCUCCGUCAGAUAAUAUUCCAAGCACAUCAAAUAGCAUUACCAAUAGGACCACGGGAGCCAUUCCGAAAGUGAAAACGGCCAGUAAGGCGGCUAAAGAGUCGGGAGGAUCUUCCACAGCUGCAUCACCAGUUUUAGAUAAAACUACAUCCACCGGAUCGGGAAAAAGUGGAACUUUGGCCAAGAAAACUUCUACAGCAGCGACACGUUCGAGUUCUUCCGGAGAUGCUAAUGGAAAUGGGACCUUGAAUCGUAUCUCUAAAUCCAGUUUGCAAUGGCUACUAGUUAACAAAUGGCUGCCGCUGUGGAUAGGCCAAGGACCCGAUUGCAAGGUGAUCGACUUCAACUUUAUGUUUUCCCGUGAUUGCGUCAGUUGCGACACCGCUUCGGUGGCGUCUCAGAUGUCGAAUCCGUAUGGCACUCCCCGUUUGAGUGGUCUUCCCCAGGAUAUGGUGCGUUUUCAGAGUUCCUGCGCAGGAACUUGUGCGGCAGCAGGAGCACCUUCUACCAUUCGAAGGGACACUAAUGCAUCAGCUCGCCCAUUGCACAGCACUUUAAGUCGCCUGAGAAACGGAGCGGAGAAAAGGAAUCCCAACAGAUUGGCUGGAAACUAUCAAUACGAGGAUCCUUCGUACGAGAAUGUACAUGUUCAGUGGCAAAAUGGUUUUGAAUUUGGAAGAUCACGUGACUACGAUCCGAAUUCCACCUACCAUCAGCAGCGACCCAUGUUGCAAAGGGCCAGAUCGGAAAGUCCUACGUUUAGCAAUCAGCAAAGGCGUCUUCAGCGACUGUCAGCCCAAGCUCAACAGCAAUCGCAGCAAUCGAUGCCUCCAGGAUCGCCCGAUCCCUACAAGAACUACAAGCUAAAUGUGGAUAACAACAGCUUCAAGCCGAAGCCUACGGCUGCCGAGGAGCUCGAGGGAGCUGUUGGUGGAGCAGUAGCUGAGAUAGCUGCCCCGGAAGUGGAUAUUGAAGUAGUAGAUCCGGUGAGCUGUAGCGAUAAUGAGACUGAGACAACCAGCAGUCAAAACAACCCUUCAGGCACUACCAACAGCAGCAAUGUGAAUGAGCACAAUGAUUAGAAGUCGAUAAAAUUAGUUCUGGCAGGGCAGCGUUUUAAGUAGUAUAUUAGUAUUCAUAGUUAAACUUCUCUAGAAACUUCUCAAAAUUUUGUAAGACUUGUACGAUUUUAUAUGGAAUAUAAGCUGGGUUUUAUAUUUUUUAGAAUCAAAAGUGAUAACAGUAUGCAAGUAAUUUUUUACUUGAAUGUUUAAUACAAAAAUUCUUUAUGUGCAGGUAAUUUUUCAUAAUUUUUAGUCUUUAGGGACUUUAAAAUUCAACAGUCAGAAGUUUAACUGAAUUUAAUUUCUAAUAACAACGCUACUCUUAAAAAUUGGAUCUCAGAAAACAACAACAGCAAAGAAGAAAACGACCAAAACCAAUUCGAGCAAAUUAAAAACAUUUUAACAAUAAAAAAAAAACCUUACUUGUAGAAUUUGAUAUUACUAUAGAAAUGGGCGACUUUGUGUAACCAGCCAAAGCUCAAGAUCGAAUAUUAUGUUGCGUACUGUAGUUGUAGUUGAAUCAAGAAUUUUUGUGUGUCAUGUGAAGUUAUAAUUAACCUAAGAGCCAUAUCAUAUCACUCUCCGUAAACACUUUAAGCACACCCAUAAGCAAUAUGCAUUUGAUAUGAUAGUUUCAUUUUCCACUGCCUACUCUAGUUUCCAUUAAAUUGGCAUUUGUCACUUGCUUCGUUUGAGUAUGUUAAGUUAUGGCUUUAAAUAGAAACAAUAAUAUUUAGCAAACUAUUGUACAAGCUCUCCAUUAAAACCUAUUAUUUAAGUCAAUUAGAAUUACAGGUAUUAUUUACAUGCAUAUAUAUACAAACGCAUAUACAAUACUCCAAAAUCGGUACAUAAUAUAAUCAUACUUACACGUGUAUUGAGUUUAACUAAUUCAUAAUAAAAAAGUUCAACGAAUCGAAA